GGUCUUGCCCUGUUUUUAGGCAUGUUAUCUUCCGAGUUCAACUGGGACAAGUAUUUGAAGACUUGUGAGGCAAAAGCAGCGCCUGAAUAUCUCUUCAAACCUAUCUCACCAACCAAACACGGUUUCAAAAUCGGCAUGAAGCUAGAGGCCGUGGAUCGAAUGAACCCGGAUCUAAUCUGCGUUGCUACGGUGACAAAUGUGAUUGGCAACCACUUUCUUGUUCACUUUGAUGAGUGGGACGACUCCUAUGACUACUGGUGUGGGGAUGACUGCCCUUACAUUCGUCCUGUGGGGUGGUGUAAGGAGAAUAAUAGGAAUCUUAACCCACCCAACGACGACGAGUUUCACACAUUUCGUUGGGAGGAUUACCUUAAAUCCACAGGGACUAUUGCUGCCCCGUCACAUUUCUUCAAAACGCGGGUUCCACCAGCCUUCGAAGUCAAUCACAAGCUUGAAGCAGUUGACAAGAGAAAUCCCUCCUUGGUACGAGCAGCCACCGUGGUUGAAGUUAAUGAGUACCGAUUGCGUAUACAUUUUGAUGGAUGGGAUGAUAUUUAUGAUGACUGGUUUGAGGCUGACAGCUUGGAAAUCUACCCAGUGGGGUGGUGUGAAAGGACGGGUCAUCCUUUGGAGACCCCCCUCACGACGCGUGAGAAGAUAUCAAGCGCGGCAUGUCCGACUCCUGGAUGUAAAGGAAUUGGUCAUGUGAAAGGAGCGAAAUACUCGACACAUCACAGCACGUUUGGUUGCCCCUAUUCUCUGCAGAACUUGAACAAGGACUCGUGCCUUGUCGAUCGACUUUCUAAUAAUUCCAUGACUGAAGAGUCGGAUUGGUCUUACGCCUCCAAACAAAAAUUAGCAGUGGUAAAAGCUAUUAAAGAGGAAAUUUCCACCAAUCAAGGAGAUGGGAGCUGUCCGACACCGGGGUGCGACGGGACAGGUCACGUGAGCGGACAGUGGAAGACACACUACACUUUGUCAGGAUGUCCCAGAGUGAAGCAUUUAUCAAAAUCUCCCCUGUCAAAAUCACCAACCGCAAAGAAAUCUGGCUUUCUACAUUCCCCCACGAACAAGAGUUUUGUCACAAGCAUUCCAGAAUCCAAUGUGAUCGGCACACGCAGUACCUCAAGGCGAGUUAGCACCAAGGAGGAAAAGCCUGACAUCACCAAAUACAAAGUCGCAGAUAAAGCCAUUCAGCACGUGUCACCGUUCUCGUUCCCAUGGCCUCUCGGUAGUGGGUUUCCUUCAGCGUUUUUAAGCGAACUCAGGACUUCUAUCAGCCGUAAUAACAGCGCUGCACUGUCCAGUGAGCGACAGCGAAUGAUGGGUUGGGAUGUCAACGACGUUGCCAGUCACAUAUCGUGUCUAGGUUGUGGAGAUCAAGCCAAAAUUUUCAUUGAACAGCAAAUCGAUGGAGAAGCCUUCCUCUUGCUUAACCAGAGUGACAUUGUGAACAUUUUAAAGAUCAAGCUUGGUCCUGCGUUGAAGAUCUACAACACCAUUCCAAAAUUUUGAUGGAACCAUUCUUAGCUCUUUUUACAAUGUAGACAAUUCAUUCGCCCCAGUCCCUAAUGGCUGUGAAUAGCCGGGCACUGACAUACGUAAUCUGCAGUGGGCUUCCCUAUGAAAAUUCAUUUGAUAGUAUCAAAACGUCAAUCAAAAAAAAGCAUUGAGAAAUCUCGCAUCAAGAAAGAAUUUUUAGAACUCCUUUGAGUGAUCUACUCUUAAACAUUAGUUAGAAACAAAUGCAAUAAACCUCCCUUCGUUCGACAGAUUUUGCGUUCGAUUUUACCUUUUUUGCUUGUUAACUUGCAAGUUAGCAUCUAUAGAUUAAAUACAUGGUAUGGUAGAUUCAAAACAAGGUAGACGGAACUCUCUCUUAAAAACAUUCAAGUAGUACAGCGUAUCCGAGUAAUCCUCACAGAGACUUCUAUUAAAGUGUGAGUUUGGGUCUUUGAA